GAUAAAUCUCUCUUGGUUUCUUGAAUAGCUAACAGCUGCAGCAGAGCAGCGGUUCAUGUUAGAGCGUUCGGCAACGCUCCUAUGUUGCCAGCUGAUUUCUGUUUUUACCGACGGCCGCGAUGGCGAAGCGAUUCCUCUUCCGUAUCAAUUCCUUCCUGCGCCUUGAGUACAAACGUCACUCGUAUCAGCAUCUCAUAAACGGCCUACUCAAUAGGCGCCUCUCGCAACAGCAUCAAGGGGAGGAGGAUGAGAAGAAGGUAGGGAUUGCUGAUUCGCCCAAGGAUCCCAUUCUGCAAAAUUCUAGACUGCUCAAGCCAGGUUACGAGUCGGAGCUUCUCAGAGAGGGCUCCGACGAUGACGAUUCGACUGGGCGAAAGUGGAAGGUAGAACUCGCUUGGCUUUCCAAAGCUCUGGAACCGGCGUUGCAGCUUUACAAGUGGGCAUCCACUGCAGGAAUUGGUGAAAAGCCGGCAAUACCACCAAGUACAAGAUCUCUCUUUGAGAUCCUUACAGAUCUUCAAGUUAGUAAAGCUGGAAUUCAAGAAUGGAGUUUAAGUGACCUUACAGUUGGUCUAUACCUUAUCCACCUAAGUCAAGCAUCAACUGCGAAGGUUGAAGAUUUAAAGGGUGUCCAGAUUAAUUCUGAGUCUAUGGUUCAAGAGCUCAUUUACCACCUUGAGUUGGCUAAGGGAUGUUAUAAAGAUAGCACAUCAAGCAUUGCACGACACUGCAUGCUUCGAGAGAGGAACAUUCUGAAGUUUGUAAAAGAUUCUAGUUUACUACGCCCUGGAUACUAUAUUGGGGUAGAUACUCGAAAUAAAUUAGUAAUACUUGCAAUUCGUGGAACUCACACUGUCUAUGACCUUAUAACUAAUGUGGUUGCUUCAAGUGAUCAAAAUGUGUCAUUUGAUGGUUUUUCUACUCAUUUUGGAACUGCUGAGGCUGCUCGCUGGUAUCUACACUAUGAGAUGGGAACCAUUAGAAGACUCUUAGAGAAACACAAAGAUUUUAGGUUGAGGCUAGUUGGACAUUCCCUUGGAGGUGCAGCUGCUGCAUUGCUUGCUAUCAUGCUGCGAAGAAAGUCUGCCAAGGAACUUGGGUUCAGUCCUGAUAUUAUAUCUGCGGUUGGAUUUGGAACUCCACCUUGUGUAUCAAAGGAGCUAGCUGAAAGCUGUCUUAGCUAUGUGUCUACUGUUGUGUUGCAAGAUGAUAUAAUUCCAAGGUUAAGUGUAGCUUCACUUGCCAGAUUGCGGAAUGAGAUUCUUGAAACUGACUGGAUGACUAUUUUAGAGAUGGAAGACUGGAAAGGCAUUGCAGAAUUGGUUACUAAUGCUAAACAUGUUGUUUCUUCCGUCCAAGAUGUAGCUCGAAAACUUGCAGCUUAUGCAGCUAAGUUUAGGAAAGUAUCAAAUUCCUCUGACUUUUCUCUGAGAAAAGAGCCGAUUCGCCCAGAAACACAAGUUGCUGAUGGCGCCAUUGGCAAGCAGAACGAAAGGAUUUUGGAGGAGCUUUUCCUGCCUGGGACGCAAUAUUUCUUGAGAAGAGAGAGUGACGAAGGCAGCUCAGAUAAUAUACCUAAUGUGAAGGGCAAAGAAUUUUAUACUCUGUGGAGGAGGAAUCCAGGAGAGCAUUUUCGAAGAAUAUUGCUCUCUGGUAAUUUGAUAUCGGAUCAUAAAUGUGAAAAUCACUAUUAUGCUCUCAGGGAUGUACUCAAAGGCCUUCCAGCUUCUGAUUGUAGGACAAACUUGUAGAUUUGAUUCCGUUGUAUCUUUUUUGUAAAUUAAAUUCAUAAUUUUCAUAGAUUUUUCUUAGUUAUCUUUAAUAGUUAUUGGGAUAGUUGUUCAUUAA